AUGUCAGUCUGCCUGGGAGGGGGGGCUGCACCGGCCGGCGCAGGAGACAGGAGGAAGGGCGGCAGUGAGGGCGCGGGUUUGAGCCCUUCUAGCCCCGCGUCCUCUCACCCCCACCGCUCCCUCCCCCCGCCGCCGCCGCCCACCUGGCCGCCCCCGCUGCGGCAGCGGCGCGAGGCUUGCUUCCAGGCCUCCGGGUCGCAGCCCGCGCGGUCUGCGGAGCUUUCCUUGUGUCUGCCUUCCCCCUUCCCCCGCUUCGCCCGCCCUCCCCGGGGCCCAACGUGCUCGUUCCCUGUCACUUCGGUCGGGGCGCGCCGCGCGAGCGACGCAGAGAGAGCGGCGCGGAGCCCGAGCCGGAGCCGAGCCCGAGAGCGCCGCCGUCCCCCGGCGCCAGGCCCCGCCGCGAACCCACCCGCGCCCCCGCCGCCUCCCCGCGCGCCGCGCGGCCCGCUCGCCCCGGGCCCCGCGCCGACGCCAGACCCCGGCGCCCGGCCCGCGCCGCCCUCCCGCCUGCCCGGAGGCGGUGCGGGGCUCGCCGGGGGAUGUCACAGCGGCUCCUCGGAGCCCCCAGCCGUCGUCGCUUCCGCCCAGCCGCCGCCCCCGGGAACCGCGACAAUGAACCCCCAGUGCGCCCGCUGCGGGAAAGUCGUGUAUCCCACGGAGAAAGUCAACUGCCUGGAUAAGUAUUGGCAUAAAGGAUGUUUCCAUUGUGAAGUCUGCAAGAUGGCUCUGAACAUGAACAACUACAAAGGCUAUGAAAAGAAGCCCUAUUGUAAUGCACACUACCCAAAGCAGUCCUUCACCACGGUGGCAGAUACACCUGAAAAUCUUCGCCUGAAACAGCAAAGUGAAUUGCAGAGUCAGGUAGCAAGCUGCGAACUUCAGAAGACACACACAUGCUUCUGGGCUCGUGGGACAGGAGUUCAUAGAGGGGCACAACGCGCUAUGGGGUCUCCAGGCAGUGGUCAGAGGAGGGAGAAGAGUGAACCCCACUUGGAGAAGGAGGGAAUAUGGUCCCAGAACUUUGCUUAUAGCAUCCGCUCUCUUCAGGAGGACCUCCUGCCGGAGUUCUCCAUGGGCCUGUACAGAUGGAAACUGGCUCGAGAAAUUCUGUGCAGAAAGAUGACUAUGAUGGCUUCAUUCUUUAAAAAAGCUUCCAUUUACAACACUCUGGCCGGCCUCAGUGACGCUGCGCCAUCCACUCACACCCGCUAUGAUAAGGAGGAUGAAGUGUGA